CGCGAGGAAAUUGCUGGGCUUUUUAACUUGCGUCCUUCUCUGUGCUCGUCUCCGCCCUCUGUUGCGUCCGUCGUCUCCCACUCCGUCGUCACCAGCGCCCCUCCUAGCGCUCGCCGCCGGGAUCCGGCCCCUCCCGCGCCCGCCUCGGCGACUCCGUCCCCCCGGUCUAGGUUACAGCAUGUUCCACGAAAGCAAUGGAGAUCCAUUUCGUGAGUUCGUUGGUGUGUCAAUUGCUAGCCUCAUUUUUACUGUAGAUGUAGAUGAUCCAGCAUUCUGACAGGCAAUUCCAGUCAAUUGCUUUAACAAGGUCGUGAUUCUUUGCCUGAGGUGCAGGUAAAGAGCUGCUGCUUAAUUCUUUGUGCAUUGCUGAGUGGAUAAGGUGAUUUUAGUUUAGAAGGAAGGGGCAUGCUUUUGCCACCAACGUUGGCUUCAAAGUGGUAAAUUAUGGACCAAACUGUGGCAAAGAGGAUCCUUUGCCAAGGGCCAUCCAUGUGCUAGUGGUAUCUGUACUGAUAAUGGGGUGGACAAAGAGGAAAAGUAAAACUAAAGAAGCUACCUUUGCUUCAAAUUCUUUUCUUGCGUUGGUAACUUGGCAUUUCUCAAAAGGACGGAAUCAUUGGCUCAAAUGCAGAAUCAUUUGAUUCCCUUUAAUUAAAAAGUCAUCUAUUGUUGUUUUUCCCUUCUAAUCUUGCAGAUCUGAGAUGAGGCAUGAGAUGCUCCAUGUGAGCGAUACUUAGCUCAUAUCUGGAUCAUGCUUGUGACUUUUUUUAAUGUGGAAUGUAGAUCACAUCUAACAUGCUCCAUUGAUUUGAUUAUUUAAUGUAUUCAGUUGAUCCAACUGCCUAUUUCUUUAUCUGCCUGCCCGACCAGUUUGGACCCCAUAAAGUCUAUAUCUAACUUAUUGUGCCUUGUUUGCUUUAUCCACAAUUCUGGAUCUGAAGUUCCUUAGCUUGUCGAAAGGUCUUGCUGUGGUAAAGCUGCAUUUCUCUGAUUUCUGAGAAAAUGGCAAGAAGUGCGAGAGCAAGGAGGCAUGUAGCUCGUCAGCUCAGGCCCACCCCGUAUCCCAUUCCUUCAAACCGAUGGAAGCCGAUGAAAGAAUCCAACCAAAAGAAACCAUUGCCAGCCUUGCAGAAGAUGGAUUGGGAAGAUGCCAAUUGCUCUGUGUGCAUGGAAUACCCCCAUAAUGCUGUGCUCAUCCUCUGUUCAUCUCAUGAUAAGGGCUGCCGCCCUUACAUGUGUGGAACUAGCUACCGCCACUCGAAUUGCCUGGAUCAGUUCAAGAAAGCCUACACCAAGGGUGCAUUGCUUGAGGAACUUCCGGCAAAUGGUGUUGGCACUAACCUGGAUUCAGCACCUUUGACUGCAGGUGAAAAAACUGAGUCCAUUGACCUUGCAUGCCCAUUGUGCCGUGGCAAGGUGAAAGGUUGGACAGUGGUAGAACCAGCCCGAAGCUAUCUCAAUGGAAAACGGAGAACGUGCAUGCAGGAUGGUUGUUCAUUUGUAGGAACCUACAAGGAGCUCCGCAAGCAUGUCAAGUCGGAACACCCUCUUGCAAAGCCAAGGGAAGUGGAUCCUGUCCUUGAGCAGAAGUGGAGAUUGCUCGAGAUCGAAAGAGAGCGGCAGGAUGCACUCAGUACAAUUACUGCAACAAUGGGGAGGGCUGUUGUUCUUGGUGAUUAUGUGCUAGACUUGGAGGAUGGAGUGGACCUGGAGGAUGUAGAAAGUGAUGCUGAUGUUGAUGAUGGCCAUGGGACAGAAAACACUCGAAGGAUGCUAUUAUUUAUUAUGCGCCAAGUUGCUCAACAUCAUCAAAACCAAAGGCUUCAGAAUGCAACCGGUGCAUCUGACAAUGCUGAGGAUGAUUAUGUGGUGAGCAGCGGUGCCAAUGGAACCACACCAUACUCUUACCCCUUGGAAGGGGAGGAUGAGGAUGAUGUGGUUGUGGCUGGAGGUAGAAGCACUGAUGUGCUCAGACCAGAGCGGCGGCGCCGCCGCCGCCGCAGGAACCGUGGAAGAUUGUUCUUAGGUGCUAAUUGAGAGUACAGGUGGGGUUAACCACCAGAGGAGUACAUGCACAAAUGCUUCCCUGGUGCCUAGCAUUCAUCAAUUUCAGCCUCAAUUUACUUGUUCAUGAUCAUGUACCAAGUAGUUGUGUUAACAUCAGCUCAUUGUUUCUCAUCAAUGUAUGUUAUCUCACAUUCUUUGUUGAAAAGGAAAACACCGCAUCCAUCUUUUGCGGUUUGCGUAGCCUCUA